UCAUCUGACUCCUCCCACUAGUUACAGUGCGAGAGUUUUGAUAAGACUGUGUUUGUUUUUUGCUGGUUAAUCUUAUUGAUAGUUUUAUGAAACUCUCAUAUUUUUCUGUCUGGAUACAAAUCAUCGUAAAAUGCAAGCUCUAAGAAAUAUGUUUCGUUCGUGGUCAUCUGAUGCCAGACUUGACGGUAAAACCGUUAUAAUUACUGGAGCUAAUACUGGAAUUGGCAAAGAAACAGCCAUCGACCUGGCAAAGAGAGGAGCACGUAUUAUUAUGGCAUGCAGAGAUAUGGAGAAAACUGAUGCAGCCCUGAAGGAAGUUAAGGAUGCUUCAGGAAACCAGGAUAUAGUUGCACGCAGGCUUGACCUGUCAGAUUCCAAAUCGAUCAGAGAAUUUGCAGAGAACAUCAAUAAAGAGGAAAAACAAGUUAACAUAUUAAUCAAUAACGCUGGUGUGAUGGUUUGUCCUUAUGGAAAGACAGCAGAUGGUUUGGAAAUGCAAAUAGGGGUGAACCACAUGGGUCACUUCCUGUUGACGUAUCUGUUAUUGGAUUUGAUUAAAAGAUCAACGCCUGCGAGGAUCAUUACCGUCUCGUCCAUGGCACACCAAUGGGGGACCAUCAACCUAGAGGACAUCAACAGUGAGAAGAACUAUGAUAAACAGAAAGCCUACAGUCAGAGCAAGCUGGCAAACAUUCUGUUCACUCGCUCACUGGCCAAAAGACUAGAAGUCUCAGGUACUGGAGUAACAGCGUAUGCUCUCCAUCCUGGAGUGGUUCAGACUGAACUGUGGAGGCACUUGAAUAAACCUCAACAAGCUGCCAUGUGGUUGGCAAAGCCCUUCACCAAAACAUCUGUGCAGGGAGCUCAGACCACCAUCUACUGCGCCGUGGCCCCUGAACUGGAGACCGAGAGCGGCAAAUAUUACAGUGACUGCGCACCUGCAAAAUGCUCCCAGGCUGCAAUGGAUGAUGAGGUUGGCCAGCGCCUCUGGGAACUCAGCUGUAAGAUGCUCAGCAUCACAUGGGAGUGAAAACUCAUCUCUCUUCUUGAGGAGUCCUGAUGAAGUCUUACUGCAGUCUGCCUAAGACUGGCCCAUCUACUGUCAAAAUCAGAAAUACUAAUAGUUAAUAUUAAACACACUAGCAUAAAAGAUCACUAAAUAUAACCAAAUACGAUGGGCUUUUAUACAUGAUGUAAAAUGUAAACACAUUUUGUAGAUUUUGGUCUCAGGUUGCUUAAGUGAGUUAAUUUUCUAUAUAAUACAGGUACAUAUUUAUGCACUAAAUGAUAUAAGAAGUAAAUGUCGGUUGAAAAAAUGUACUGUGAGUAUAUGUGAAUAUUUU